AUGCUCGCCCUCAACACCAGUGUUCCUCCGCAGAGCAUCCGUCAAAUCCAAGAGACAACUGCAGACGAGACUCAGAACAAGGCUGACAGGUACCUCACCUUUGCUAGAAUGGCAGCUACUAGGUAAUUUGGUAUCUGCAUAGUUCUAACUCGAUCAUUUCCUAGAAGAUCCAAAUAUCAUAUCCCCCUACGCACACUCAUCAACUAUGUGCUUACUUAUCGUCACCUAUUUCGUCUACGUGGAUUGCCGGGACCGCAGAAGACAUUACGCUGAUAAAGUAUCUGGGACCGGCAACAGCUGCGAACGAGGCCCUCACGAACAGUUCGUGAUAAUCCCUGGAUCAUGUGCAGAGUGCAAAGACCCACACUAGCUGUUACACCUCGUUACGCUUUGCAUGAAUGA